AUGAUCAGCGCCGUAGCUGCCAGGAAAGCUGCAUUGGCAGCCAAAACUCAAUCGGAACCGCAACUACCGAUACCAGAGUCCAUAACCCCUCCACCACCGCAACCACCACUUCCCAAUGGAUCGCAGAAACGGAAAUCGACGGCUCAAAAACAAAAACCUCAGAAGAAAGCGCGAAAGCUGAAGCCCUUCGAGAAGUCGAACGGCCCUCGCCCGACGGAGCACGUUGUAGACGUGUUCAAGGACCAAACGGAUGUGAUUGUACUCCAAUCGGACUCGGAUGAUGAGUCGGACGAUGCGAUGAGCGUGUUGGGGGAGUCUGACAAAGAACCCGUUGUGGCGGCAGAGAAGCGAACAUGGUCUCCCAGUGCACCUAUGGAUGUCUCCUCUGACGAGGAAUCGCUGGACGAGAACGUAACCGGCUUGGAUACGUCCACUUUGUUCCCUCACCCCCGUCGCUCUCGUCAAACGGAGGAAAUUGUGUCUGCGUCCACUUUUCGGCCUGCUUUGGACAGAAACAUGUUCUAUCUAACUGAACAAGAAGCACCUGAUAUGGGAAUGGGCGAAAAGGGGACAUUACUCUGUCUGAACGCGGAGGAUUCACUCUGUCUUCUUGGUGCUUGCCAUCUGACAGUUCUGCACGGUUCGAUCCACCUAUUCGGUGCCACUCUUCGUCCUUCGCCUCGCCAAUAUCCGAUAUAUGCACCACGAUCAUCCCUUCUGCCUGUUUUGACGGCCAGCGGGGAUUCUUCAUCGGGUCUAAAAGUAGAAAAGCUACCACCCAGACUGCAAAGACUCGCCCAAUUUCCAGCUGUUAUUUUUCUGCAGGAACUCAAUACGGGGGUAGAGGGCUUAGGCUUGAUCUGCAGGACGUUCGAAGGCGUUUUUGAGCCGUCGAGAUGGUAUGACGGGAAGAAAAGUCAGUUCAACAUCGCCGGUCUCCAUAUGGUUACCCAAAUCACUAAGGAUGUUUCCUCUUUUACGAUUCCUGGCUCAUGGUCCGCUGCGCUAGACGGCAUCUCUACCCGAAAUGGCAUGUACAUCGUCAAAGGACCCAAGAACAGCGGCAAGAGCACCUUUGCCCGUACUUUGACUAAUCGACUAUUACAGUCUUACUCCAGGGUUGCUUUCCUCGAAUGCGAUAUUGGUCAAUCCGAGUUCACGCCAGGAGGCUUAGUUUCCCUAAACAUAAUCUCAGAACCAAUCCUCGGCCCUCCAUUUACGCAUCCGACUUUGCCGAAUCAUGCCCAUUUUAUUGGGUCUACGACCCCUCGAUCAACACCAUCCCACUACCUCAACGCUAUCUCGGCAUUGAUCCAAACGUACCGUCUCGAUAUCCAGAACCCGGCGAUCGACAUCGAUGCCGAUGACGAGCGUAUUUCCGACGCUAUCCCUCUCGUCGUAAACACUAUGGGUUGGUCGAAAGGCCUUGGUGCGGAUCUUACCCAAAAAAUAGAAAGCUUCCUGGAGCCAACGGACGUCUUCGACAUUCGAAUACCAGACUCCGAGCCGCUUGCUACAAACUCUUACGCCGCCUUCAAUUCAAGCUCGAUGACAGACGGCUCGAACGCACGAGUCCACGUCCUAGAGCCCACCACCACCCCACCUAUCACCGCUUUCACGUCGGCGGACCAGCGUACGAUGUCCACCUUGUCGUACUUCCACGCUCGUUUCCCUCUCGACGCUGUCCCGACCGAGUACGGCCAACUCACGGCAAGCUCGUGGGACACGAGCCGGCCACUCUGCGCCGUUCCACCGUACGAGAUCGACUGCGGAGUCGCGUUUGACAAAGUCAUCUUAUCCGGCGCUGGGACCGAGGACGUAGUAGAAGAGGAGAUCGGGCGCGUCCUGAACGGCGCGAUCGUCGGUCUCGUCAAAUGCGACCCCGGCACACUCGACGUUGAGCCCCCUGCGCCUAAUCCAGUUGGUAUCCCAUACUCGCGGCAAACCGAACCCCCAGAUCCGUCAACCUCCACGUGUGUCGGGCUCGCCCUCGUCCGCGGGAUCUCCAGCCCGUCUGACGACGCUACUGACACCGGUAACACGAAGACAUACCUCCAGCUGCUCACGCCCCUGCCGCAUGCCCUGCUUGCAGGCUCGCGCGUGCUCGUCAAGGGCGAGAUGGAGCUCCCGGUUUGGGGAAUGCUCGACUUCCGAGAGGAGGAAGAGGGCGACGUCGCGGGUGUAGAGAAGGAGAAUGUGCCGUAUCUGCAGUGGGGGAAGGCGCCGGAUGGGGCGAUGGGUGCGGAGAGGAGGAAGGUGAGGAGGAACUUGAUGAGGAGGGGACAGAUGUGA